GGAGCAAGCUAGUUCCCAUCGAACGUCGGUUUGCAUCAGUGUGGAUGGACUCGAGACGCUCUGCUCAACAAACAGGUGUAUGGAUCAUGUAGUUCCAAAAGCGACCAUUCGCCUCGUGGAAGAAGGAAGGUUUUAUCUUGAUGAGACCGCCACCACGAUUAUGCUUAAGUUCUUGCCCCCUCGAUUGGUCAGCGACGUCUUGCUGCACACGAUGGAUGAGGUGGCGCAAAACAAGUACGACUUUUUUUUCUUCCCGAGAUCCAGACAGAGGAGAACGAGGAAUAUCGACAUGUGCUUCGUCAACUUCGUCGACCACGCGAGUGCAGUUCGGGCUGGUGAGCACUUGUCGAAGGUUCUUGAGCCAGACUGGAUAGCAGUUUGUCAAGCAGGGGUGCAGGGUUUCCUUCCCAACGUCGCCUUCUUUGUGAUGAAGAGUGGAUAUGAUGCAUUGUGGCAGGACAACGCUCCCAUGAUAUUUCAAGCUGGGCAGAAGAUCUCAACGACAGAGGCGUUUGCAUCUGGCCUGAUCUCUCAGGAGAAGCUGUGGGAAUGUCUUCGCGGGCUGCGACAGAGGCAAGAAGUAAAGACUCCCUCGCGGAACAAGGUUUGGGAAGUGGAAGUGCGCCAGCCGACCUUGCACGGGUCUUCCGGGAGUUCAAAUGGAACGCACGCGAAGGAUGCGUUGACAUCCUCGUCUACGGACAGCGACCCGGCCAAAGGUGAGGGCGCUAGCAACUCAUUGGUUUCCCACCGCUUUGCUGUGGAAAGUGUUGAAGAGCUGGGCUUACAGCUCGCACAGAUCUUGGCCACAUGUGGCGAGCUUGUUGUAAGCUUGUAACGCCAGCUUUGGCCUUCCGAAGCGAAUUAUUCGCGUGCAACCUCGUAAGGCAGAUGUUGUCCGAGUCCACUACUUGAAGGGGCAGGGUACUAGUAAGCCUGGUUA